AUUGAGCUCUAAAAAGAAUCAAUCUUUUUUUUGGGGAAGAAAUGGCCACUGCCUCUAACACCUUCCUAUCAUCAACAACAUUGAUUUAUGCCCAGAAAGUUGGUAUUAGGAGACAAGUGAGCUUUUGCAAAGCACAGGGUGAGUCAUCAUCAGGAUCAACAGGGUUAGGAUCAGGAGGUCCAGUUGUGACCAAGAGAGGCUUGUCCAUAAGCUUGGGGACUAGCUUGGUGUUCUCAGUGGUUGGAGGAGGGUGGUUUGGUUCCAAUGCAGCAAUUCUAGAAGCUGAUGAUGACGUGGAGCUUUUGGAGAAGGUUAAGAAAGAUAGGCAGAAGAGGCUUGAGAAACAGUUGGUCAUCAGCUCUGCCAAGAAAGAAACAGGAGAUCUACAGGGACUGGUGUUCAGGCUGAGCAAAGUAGGUCAAGCGAUCGAUGGUAAUGACUUGUCUACAGCUAGAUCAGUUCUCGGGGAUAAAGAUUGGGUUAAGAAGGCUAAUGUAGCUUUAAAUAAGCUGAGCUCUAGUCCUGAGGAACAGACUGAGGUGGAUGCAUUCAAUUCCUCGCUAGCUUCUUUGAUAUCAUCAGUUACUAAGAAUGAUCAAGAGGCCUCCAAACUUGCAUUUGUGGCGUCUGCCACUGCAAUCGAGAAAUGGACUGCACUGACUGGGCUAGUUGGCCAGCUUAAGGGGCUUUAAACAGACGGAGGGUUACUUACUUUCACUUAAUAUGUUUCUCCAUGAGAGAACUGUUAAUCUGCAGUCUCUGUUGAGCUUUGGCUACAACAGAAUUCUUUCACUAAAACUACAAAUUUCAAUUGCGUCAUUCUUUAUACAUUGUUAUAAACUGAACUGGUGAAUUCUCGUUUUUGGAUGCAU